AUGCAGUUUGGGAACACCACAACACAAAUGGUUGAGUCGGCACAUUGGAGUUUGAAAAAGAUAUUACAAGAUAGUAUUGGUGAUAUAUGCAGUGUUUGGGAAACCAUCAAUAACAUGAUUGUAUUACAACACAAUGAGAUAAUAUCAUCAUUUGAAAAUAGUAUCAUUCAAAAGGUGCAUCGCUAUAGCAACAGAUUAUACGCGAAUUUGCAUGGUGUUGUGUCAAAAAAUGCAAUUGAUCACAUUGCGGCAGAGUAUGACCGCGUGAAGUAUGUAUGUAUUGAUCAGACUAAGUGUCGUUGCACAAUUAGGACAACACAUGGUCUACCUUGUGCAUGUGAAAUAGUCAGGUAUAGUAUGAUCCCACAUUCCAUUCCAUUAGACGCUAUUCAUGUUUGGUGGAGUAAAUUAACUUUCCAUGUUGAUGCAUUGAGUAAACCUUCAGAGUUAUAUGUGAAACAUGAAAUAGAUGUCAUAGUGAAAAAGUUUGAAGAACUUGAUGUACCUGGCAAAAUUUCACUUAAAGGUAAAUUACGAGAGAUCGCGUAUCCAUCGACUACGUCGAUGUUUCCAUCGGUUGCCAAGGUUAAAACAAAAGGUGCACCAAAAAAAGGCAAAAGUAAGGUAUCAAAAAGAGAUAAAUCAACCAAGCGUGAUCCAUCUUGGUGGGAGUAUGUGGAUGCAAGUGUUCGAUGUAGUGGUACAAAUGCAUGUAGCACUAUAGAUACCAGUAAAGUAGAAAAGCUAGCACCUCGACCAUCAGUCCAAAAGCUCACACCUCGACCAUCAAUUAGCAAAGUUCAACAACCAAGAGUUCUCCUCUUCAAAGAUUGGUUGCCAGUUGAAAUUCAUAAAUUCAUAGAUGACAUUAUUGAUGUCGGUGAUGAUGGUAAUUGUGGAUAUCGUGCAGUUGCAGCUUUACUUGGAAUGGGUGAGAACUGUUGGGCAUUCAUCCGUCAACAGUGUGUGAUAGAGCUACAAGAGUUCAUGUCUCAUUCCGAGAUACUAUUUGGUGGAGAAAAUUAUGUUCGACAACUUAUACACAAUGUGUAUGUUGAGCAAGUUGCGUCGAAGGAUAAUUGGAUGACACUUCCAGAAAUGGGAUAUGUGAUUGCUUCGAAGUUUAACUUGGUUGUCGUCGCAUUAUCACUUAACCAAUCACAAACAUAUUUUCCACUUCGAAGUCCACCACCAACAUCUAUGUCAGAUCAUCGUGUGAUUGUUAUUGCAUUUGUUAACAAUUGUCAUUUCGUUUACUUAAAGUCAUAUUCCCUUAUACCACCAGCAAGUAAUUUGUGGAAAAAUUAUUGCAAUGAAGAAGCACGACAGUGGGAAUUUAUUUACAUGGAUCGCAUGCAACAUUGGUUACAGAUAUUUCCAGAAACUAUAAAUGAAGUUAUUGUAAACUGA